AUGCCCGGCCGCGUAGCAGACAGGCGAAGGGCGCGCGCGUCCGGCGCCGCCGGCGCUGCGAAACCAGCUGCCACCGCCCGGUCGCGCAACUCCAGGGCUACUCGCUCCAACGCGGUUGAGAUCCCCGAUGAGGGCGAACCCACUUCUCUGCGCGACCACGUCUGCCGCAUAUUCGGCGACGCCCAGCGCACGACUGCCACCCAGCGCAAGCUCGUCGUGCAAUUGCGCAAGGUCCAGGAAGCCUGUUGCUAUGAGCCCGUCAAGCCCAAGAAGCAACAGUCCGACGAAGAUUUCGGCGAGGAGGACUUCACCACUGAGGUCGGUCGCUGCCUUCUGCGCGUCCUGCCCGUCAAGAAGAGCGAGCCCGUAGGCGAUCGUGUCAUCAAGUUUGUGGCUUUGUUCCUGAAGCAUUCGAGCGACAAAGACAAUCAAAUCGCCCACGAAGCAGAUCCGGACGAGAGCACAUUUCCCUCGACACCUAGCAGUCGCUUGACCAGCUACCUCCUUCGCGCUCUGAUCCCGCUCCUCACGGCCAAGGACAAGGUCGUUCGAUUCAGGUCGACGCAAAUAAUCUCGCACAUCCUCAACACGCUCGAUUCUAUCGACGACGAGCUUUUCCCGCUCAUUCGCUUGGGCCUGCUCAAGAGGCUUCAGGACAAGGAGGCUCAGGUGCGUGUCCAGGCAAUCUUGGGCCUGGGCCGCCUCGCGGACGGCGAUGAUGAAGAAGACGAGGACAGCGAUGACGAAGACAGCGCGAAAGGUCUUCUCGUGCGGCUCUUGAACGCGCUGCAAAACGACCCGGCUGCUGAGGUCCGUCGGUCAUUGCUGCUCAACCUGCCCCUUACUCCUACGACUCUACCAUACCUGCUCGAGCGCGCCAGAGACCUCGAUCCUGCCACUAGAAGAGUACUCUACUCUCGCUUGCUUCCUGCGUGUGGUGAUUUCCGCCACCUGUCGCUGACUCACCGAGAGAAACUUCUGCGCUGGGGCUUGAGAGACCGUGAUGAAAAUGUGCGCAAGGCUACUGCCCGUCUGUUCCGCGAGCGCUGGAUCGAGGACUGUGCAGGCGUGCCGGAAGCCACCCAAGACAGCAAUUCUGCCGUGAAGCAGCUGUCGAAGCCGAGCUUUGAUGCCCUCAUGGAGCUUCUCGAGCGUAUCGACGUCUCCAAUUCAGGCAUCGAGGGUGGUGUUGCUCACGAUGCCAUGAAGGAAUUCUGGGAUGGACGGCCUGAUUAUUGUGAGCAGAUCAGUUUUGAGGACUCAUUCUGGGACGACCUGGCUCCUGAAAGCGCUUUCAUCGCGCGCUCAUUCAACGACUUUUGCCGCAACAGCGGAGACAGCAGGCUCCAGACAAUUCUUGAGGAUAAGAUGCCCGAGGUCACCAAAUACGGCUACCUGAUUCAGAAACACAUCCAGAAGCUCAUCCAGGGUGUCCAAAAAGUGGCAGAAGACGAUGAUCCGGAGGUCGAGGAGGAAACCGUCCAGCAAGAGUUCUGCGUCGAGCAGCUUUUCCACAUCGCCCUUACGCUUGACUACACGGAUGAGAUCGGCCGCAGAAAGAUGUUCUCAACCAUGCGUGAAGCUCUUGCCAUUCCGGAGCUUCCAGAAGAAUGCACUAAACUGGCCGCGGAAAUCCUUCGUACCGUCUGUGGCGACAACGUCGCAGGUGAGCGUGAGUUCUGCGGGAUUGUGCUUGAGGCUAUUGCAGACGUUCACGAUACCAUCCUGGGCGAUGAACUCGAUGAGGCUGAUGCCGAGAGCUUCCAUUCAGCACGCUCUGACCUCAACGAAGAGCAUGAGGAAAGCAGCAUGAGGGACAAGCUGAAGAAAAAGAACCCGGACAUGACCGAAGAAGACCUGGAUUCGGCCGAAGAAGAACGGGCUGUCCGCGAGAUCAUGGUCAACAUGAAAUGCCUUCAUAUCGCUCAGUGCCUGCUGCAGAACGUGCAGUGUGAGCUCGAGUCGAACAGUGCACUCAUUACCAUGUUGAAUAAUUUGGUGGUGCCCGCUGUCCGCUCUCAAGAAGCGCCCAUUAGAGAGCGUGGCUUCGUCUGCCUGGGACUAUGCUGCCUUCUGAGCAAGAACAUUGCCCAGGAAAACCUUGCCCUUUUUCUUCAUUGCUUUGCCAAGGGCCAUGAGGCAUUGCAGACCAUUGCACUCCAAAUUAUUACCGACAUUCUAACUACCCAUCCACAACUACUUGCUCCACCUGCAGAUGCCGACGCUUCGGAAUUAAACCCUCCAGCGAACCCGCUUCUCAAGCUCAUUUACAAAAUGUUCUUCAAGGCAAUCAGGGCUGACGACCCCGGCGUUGCGACGACGGGCGUUGUUGCUGCUAGCAAGCUCAUGCUCCUCAACAUUCUACGGGACACGGAUCUCCUCAAGGCUCUCACCAUUGCAUAUUUCAACCCCGAAUCGCUGCACAACCCGGGGCUUCGCCAAGCGUUGGCCUAUUUCUUGCCAGUCUACUGCCACUCUUCGACGGACCAUGCGGAGCGGAUGGCAAGCAUAACAGUUUCUGUCGUCCACGCACUGAGGGGCGUACAAGAAGAACUAGAAGAGGAAGACGUCGAGAUGGUGGGCAUUGGUGUUAUUGGAAGCCAACUCGUCGAUUGGACCGAUGGGCGUAAAAUCGUCGGCACGGAUCAGUCAAAUGGAAGAAAGCUUCCCACCGGAGAGCCCAUCAUGGUACUUCCGGGAGACGCGCAUCUACUCCUCGCCAAUGAUCUCCUCGAGAAAAUCCUUACCCCUGGAACAACCAGGGACGAGAAGAAGGUUUAUGUAUCCAUGCUCGGCAAGGUGCAUGUGCACCCGUCAAGUUCUCCCAAGAAGAUCGAAACGGUCAACGAUCUCGUCCCAGAAAGCCUUGACAGCCGGCUGGCCUCAACCGACGUCACCGCACGCAACGCCUUCACCAAGUUCGCCAACGCCCUCGCCAAGCUGUCCGCUCCGUCCGAGAAGCCCGACAACAGCGGCACGGUCGGCCCUGACGCGGACGAAGCCGAGCCCGACAAGGAAGACGACGGCAACGCCACCGUCAACGAGGAAGCGGCAUCCGUCGCCGAUGCCACCGAGGCCGAGGCUCCGUCCGUCGCGGGCGACGUGGAUGAGAUGUCCGUCGUGGAAGAAGAGGGCGAAGAGACCAAGGAGGACGUCGAGGAAGACAAGGACGAUACCGUGGUGCAGGACGCGAGACCGGUGCCCCUGAGUAUCGAGGAGCAGAUCCAAAUGCAACUGCAAGACGAGACCAUGGCGGAUGUCGAUGCCGAGGGGACCGUGAUGCCACCUGGAGAUGAGAUGGACGUCGACGAGGAAGACGACGACGAGCAGCAGGAGGAAGAGGAAGAGGAAGGAGAAGAAGAAAAGGGAGACGAUGAGGAAGACGAUGAGGAAGAGACUGUCGUGAAGCCGCCGACACCGACGCCGCCGCCACAGCCGCAGCCUAAGAGGCGCGGUAGGAAGAAGAAGGAACCGGAGCCGGAGCCGGAGCCGGAGCCUGAAGUCGAGCCUGCGACAAAGGUCAAGCUCGAGGAAGAAGAGAUGGAGCUGGACGAGGAACAACCGAAGCUGAAGAGACGCGGCAGGCCGCCGGGCUCAGGUAAGAAGGCGGCGGCGGCGGGCGAGUCGUCAGCGGAGAAGAAGAAGAGGACGCCGGGCUCAGGUAAGAAGGCGGCGGCGGCGGCGGCGGGCGAGUCGUCAGCGGAGAAGAAGAGGAGGACACCGGCGAAGAGGGCCAGUGCUAGUCGGGCGACGACGGCAGAGCAAGACGAGGGGGCUGGCCCUCGCCGCAGUAGGGGGAGGCCGAGGAAAGCGGCGCCAAAGGAUGUUGUCGAUGAUUUGUUGGAGAGCGACGAUGAAUAG